CUGGAUCCCAACAUAUAGCCUCAAAUUGAGCCUGCCUACCACCCCUCAACGUAUGUAGUGUAGCGGAACUCAACAUCCCUCCCUCAACCAUACUCAUCAAUUACUGCCCAGCUUCGAUCCCCGUCAAAUUCGACCCCUCGACCCCAUGUACCUCCGCGCUCGCGAUCUGCUCAUCACUUUGGCUGUGCUAGCCACCACGGUUACCAUUGCCCAACAAAAGCCCAGGUGCCCCAACUGCAACGCAUACGGUAGUCCAUGCACAUCAGCGCAGAUGGAGCAGUUCCGACUCUCCUCCACAGGCCAAUGCCGGCCUAACUGUCCCAACAUUGUUGAUAAAGGGAACUACAUCUGCCCAAAAUGCCCGGUGAUAUUUCAAAACAACCCAGGCUACAGUAACAAAAAGGUCCCACGACUGUGUUAUCACUACACACUGUCAAUCAUCCGUGACAGUGAAGGCAGAAUGGUUGGCUCCACCCCUCCUGUGUCGGGACCCUCCGAACCUGGCUCUUCUCAACUUGAAGAUGAAGAGAGUCCCCACAAACUAUAUCACUUCAUCUAGUGCUGAUGGGUUACCAGCAACAAACCCAUGGUCAACUGUGGCAUGUUGAAGGCUAUAACCACCCG